AAUGCCAUGUAUCAAGAUGAAGUCACAAACAUCAUCAAAAAAGAGACAACCAUUUUGAAACCUGGAGAACAUUUGUAUGCCAAGCAUGGACAUGACAAAACCAAACAUGACUACAUUAGACAAAAAAUGCGGGAAAUCGGGCGACUAGUUCAGCAGUCACGGACAGGUGGUAGACUGAAACGAAUUAAGGACUUCUAUGUGCCUUCAAACUUUAACUUUGUGGUUGAAGCAGUAAAAGCUGUGUCUGGCUUUGAUGAGGAGAAAAACACCUACAAAAGUCUAUCGCUGGCUCUGAAGCUGGGUCAUAGUCUCAAGAAGAUUGCAGAUAUUCUUGAGUGUGAGGCGCAGAUGGCAGAGUCUGACAAUGAGGAAUUUCUAAACAACCUGAACAGGAGCAGGGGUCUUUUUGAGAAAAAGUGGGAUGUGUGUGUCAUCACGUGCCCUACAAACUCUGAAAGAGGUGAAAUGGAACACUCCUCAGCUCCUUCCUUUCACUGAGGAUGUCAAGAACAUGCACAUGCACCUCGAAAAGUGCAGAGAAGAAUACCAAAGGAAUCUGAAGAAUCACCCAGGCAAGAAGACCUGGACCAAGCUGGCCCGUGUAACGCUUGCUGAGGUGAUCCUGUUUAACCGCAGAAGAAAAGGUGAAGUAUCAAAGAUGCCACUUAGUGCAUUUACCCUGAGAGACAGUUCAGAACUUCAUUCAGAUGUGGCACUAGGUCUUUCAGAGUUGGAGCAAAAGCUUUGCCAACAUUUUCAACGGAUUGAAAUCAGAGGGAAAAGAAACAGGAACGUUCCGAUCCUUCUAACACCGGACAUGCUGUCAUCAAUGGAGGCCUUGGUUGCACAUCGGCAGACCUGUGGUGUGCCUGAUGACAAUCCUUAUUUCUUUGCCAGAGCUGAAGCAAAGAGUCACUUAAGGGGAUCAGAUGCCAUCAGACAGAUGGCAAAGGAAUGUGGGGCCAAGCAUCCUGAAACUCUGUCCUCAACCAAGUUAAGAAAGCAGGUCUCCACACUGUCCACAGUUCUCAACCUGAAGGAUAAUGAGAUGGACACACUGGCAAAUUUUCUUGGCCAUGACAUACAGGUACACAGACAGUACUACAGACUACCUGAAGGGACACUGGACUUGGCUAAAGUCAGUAAAGUGUUGAUUGCCCUAGAACAGGGCCGGCUGUCAGACUACAAGGGAAUGAGCUUGGAUCAAAUCCAGAUUGAUCCCAGUGAACAGGUACUAGAAGCUGUGGACAGUGACCUGUCAGAGACAGAGAUGGGCUGGGACUCAUCUUUUUGCUCCUCAGCAUCCUCAAGCUCUAAGAAAAGACGGCAGCCUGUUGAGUCUGACAGUGAUGACCCUCAAACAGGUAUUUAA